CCGCACCUCGACUCGAGAGAAAGAAUCUUGGUUCCCCGCGACCUCCAGUGGAAAUCCCUAAUCCUCUCGGACCCAACGCGCCGCCGUUCGCCGCCCGUGACGACGGCUUCGAUGGAGGAGCAAGUCUCCCGUGGAGCAGUGGAGCUUCGCCGUUCAUAUCACGCUACCCACUACCCUAACGCCUGCGCGGAUCAUGCCGGCCCGGAAGACCCAGGCGAUCUCCUGGAGGUUGCCGAGCCCCACGACCAGCCGGCGCACGUCGUCACUGAUUUAGAUCCUUGUGAAAUUGCCCACCGUGCCUUGGACCUCAUGUUCCCACGCGAUGACGACGAUUGGAGCAGCUGGAGCGCAAGGGAGGAGGGUACUAGUGACGACGACGAUGUUGAGACUGUACAAGUGAUAGACGGGGACGAGGAGGAGACGGAUUGCCCAGGGGAAAAUGUAGUCGAUGACUGUAGCACAGAGGAAGGCAGCGAUUACGACGAUGAUAGGCAAGUGAUAGACGAUGAUGAAGAGACAAACUGCCCAGGAAAGCUUUACCCUGAGAGCGAAGCAGACGAGAUAGAGCGCAAAUGGGCAAAAAGCACCUUCCAACAGUUUGUAGAGUACACCAACAUAUGGGAGGAGAUCAUGGCCCUGGGAGAUGAGGAUGAUACCCCUUUACCUCCUCGUCCUAUGAAGGUGUUUCCUGACGCAACAGGUGCAUGUGUUCUUGGGUUAGACUGCCACCACCGUGUUUACAGGACCCAUGACACUUCUACCACCCCAUCAACUCUUGGGUACCGCACACCAGAAGCUAUGCUACAGAUAUUUUCUUUGUGUUUGUCAAGCUCUGAGCCCUCGUGUCCCACUAGUGUGUAUGGGAUAUUCGCCAUUCGGGAUAACUUUGACCCGCGCCGGAAUUAUGUCUUUAACCGCGCCAGGGUAGAUGCUGUUGCGGUUCAGAAACAGGAAUCCUUUGUCUUGCCUCUUUGUAGCCCAUGCCGAGGAAUGUAUGUAUCAGAUAAGGCAUUAUUAGAAGUUGAUCUUUGGGAAAAUAAGGAAGGGGAUGAAUCAGCUGACAAGCAGCAAAUCUCUGCAUAUGUUGAGAUCAACAUCGUUUUAGAACAUGAUUUCCUGUUUUGUGGACGGAUUCCUGGUGAUAAGUGUAAUUUGGACAUAACGUACACAGUUCUUUCAAGAAGUGUUGAGGCUGUAAUACAAGUCUAUGCAAAGGUUGACCAUCCUCAUCAUGUGAGGUUCACGGCUUUUAGCACUGGAUAUUGUAAGGAUGGAGUCAUGCUGUUGGAUGACAAACUAUUUGGGAGCGAAAAAUUAUUCCAGCAUAUCGUCGCUGUGAAAGCAAAUGAAGAGUUGGAUGUUGUUUUAGAAGUGGACAAUUCAUUGUUCAAGUGGACUUUUCGGGAUGAAUAUGUCGGCGCUGUUAUCUCUCCUGAUGACUCGAUCUUUGACUAUGGCUUGUUUUUUGUGAGGGUACUGUUUGCUCCAAAGGAUUCUAAUUGAAGCUCAGCUCCACCAUUCUGAUGUAUUGCCAUUGGCUGGAACUCUUUCGAAGAAGAGAAAAAUGAUGUUCUUAGACCUGUUAGUAGCAGCUGAAUUUCUCUUGGCAAGCUUUAGGUGAACAGCAAAUGUCUUUGGUAUGGCCUGUCUAUGUAAAAUGUUGAACUGCUUAGCAUGUUCAAUAUGUGUAUACUGUCUA